AUGUACGGGGGGUCACGGCGGUGGCGUAGGCUUCAAAUCCGGGUAGAGGAAGCCCCGGAGUGCGAGCGUGCGAGUAUGAAUCUGUAUCCAAAGCCCGACGAUCUUGCUUGUAUCUGUUUAGAGCUGAUGCAGGGUGGUGGCUGUCUUGCUGCGGAUCCCGCAUUUGUUCGUGUACCCCGCGAAGAAGCCGACAAGACCGGUGCAUUCUUGAUGUUUGAACAGGUCAUCAUAAGUAGAGCAGCAGUGGGUGGUACACAGAGCGGAGUUGUUGUGGUGCCAGACAUCAAAACGGUCAGGAAGCGGUUUGGAGGAGGAAGUCUGCAUUUGGCUACAUUCAUGGGCAAAGCUCCCAUCAUGGAGUUGAUCGACCCAAGUGAUCCCCAUGGUAUCCUGCACAGGGAAAACUACAACAACACCUCCAUCAUGUUGUCUGCCAUGUUCUCAAAGACGAGCCGAACAAAGCUUCAAAGGCACCGGCAGCUGUAUGCAAGUUACUGGUUUUGGUAG